GGACAGCGGUAAAUGGGGACAACCCGACUAUUGGUACUUUUGAUGCAUGUGCUCGGGUUACCUAGAAGCAUGAAGGUGAUUAUGUAUCCUUUUUUGAUACAUCAAGUAAGGUGAUCAUUGAUGCGGAAAGCAAGUUCCAGACGUUUGAGAAGGCCAUCACGGUUGUGGGCACCAGCAUGAAAUCAUUGGAAGAUAAUCAAAAGAAGACAAUCAAACUGGACUCCUAUCUGUGUGGUCCAUCUGAUUCAGGAGACCCAGGCCGCACCUACAAGAUUGGCCAGAGCUUCUCCAUCUGCGUUGGCCCUUCUGAGGAUGAGAAGAUCAACUAUGACUAUCUUUGCAUGGUUGCAUUUGAAGAGGUUACAUGUGGCAAAAUUGAGGUGGUGGAAGACGGAGUUGAGACGGCACUGACAAUUGUCACCACUGAUCCCACAAAUAACAAGAAGGCCGAUGGAGCCAGUGUAGGAGUGGGUGUUUUGUCUUUUGAAACCGUAGUGACUCCCAAGUAUUAUACCGGAAAUUCUGCAGAAGAUGAAGCUUUGGUCACAUGCUCAGGCACGGUGGAGCUGGUGGGCUUCACCAAGCCAUUAAAGUUUAAGAAGGCCGGAUGCAGAAAAACUCCUCUAGAAAGAGGCCUCAAUGGCCCCUUAUUUCCUCUAGAUAAUGGUGGGGUUGAAUCUGAUGCAAAGCAGUGCAAUGAUUUUUGCAAGCCUACUAGCGAGACUAAGUACUUCCUGCUGGAUUGCCCCCACUUUUUUGGUCUUGGGGGAGAUAAUUAUUAUGAAUGCUUUUGCGUCGAUGAUAUCGAUGAUAUGAAUGAUACAUGCACUGGUGAAGAAAGUACCAGCAGCUUUGCAACUACCAAAAAUUCUCCUUGUAAGAAAGAAUACAUUAGUAGUGAAAGUAAGUAUCAAUUUGAUAUGGGUGACAAGUUGUUGACAUCUCCGGUCUACCAUGUCAACCAUUCCGAUCGCCGAUUGACCGCCAGCUUCUCGACCAACAGCGGCAAUCUCUUGCAGCGCCACCUCCAAGAAAGCGGCAACAAGGCAGACACCAGCGGCUCCUUUGGCACCAAGGUUAAUCUCUUGCAAGAGGACAAUGCAGAUGCCGUCUUUGGUGAUCUUGUGGCUCAGGCAGCAGACACAAGCGCUGCGCCAAGCACCGGGAUGGCAACCGCUGCUGGUGCCGUUGUUGCAGCCGCUGCUGCCCUGGUCUGAGCAGACAACAAACUUGAAGACACACCAAUAUUACACACACAGAGAAAAAAAUACAUAUUCCAAUUGCCAACCAAAACAUGUUCAAGCGCCACCAAGCACUGCCCGGCCAGCCCAGAAUAAAAACAAGCGCCGUUGCUGCAGCUGCUGCUGCUGCAGUUGCCCUGGCCUGAGCAGGACCACCAUUUGUAAAACCCUUGUUGCAUAUUUACAUGACAAAAGUAACCGCCAGCCAGUUGAAAUAAUUAAUUAAUUAGUAA